CUCUCCCUUUCUGUCGCCGCCAUUGAGACAAGGUAUCGUGGAUGGGACAUGCAAAAAUAUUGUUGCAAAUAAUUCGCACAGACGAUGUAUUCGGCGAGCGCUAAAAUUAUCAAGCCUCAUGGCGCAAAGCCUGAUGAGUUCGAAUCGUCCAUCUCUCAGGCCCUGCUGGACCUUGAGAUGAACAGUGACUUGAAAGCAUCUCUUCAUGAAUUAUACAUCACAGGGGCAAAGGAAAUAGAUGUCCAGGGCAAGAAGGCUAUCAUCAUCAUGGUGCCUGUUCCUCAACUAAGGGCAUACCAGAAAAUCCAGACGCGCUGGGUUCGUGAACUAGAAAAGAAAUUUUCUGGAAAACAUGUUGUUUUUAUUGCUCAGAGGCGCAUCCUUCCUAAACCAACACGUAAAAGCAGAAGGAAGAACAAGCAAAAGCGUCCCAGAAGCCGAACACUUACCAUGGUUCACGAUAAUAUCCUUGAAGACUUGUGCUUUCCAGCUGAGAUUGUUGGCAAGAGAAUACGUGUCAAGCUGGAUGGCUCACGCCUGAUCAAGGUUCAUUUAGACAAGAACCAACAAACAACAGUAGAACACAAGCUGGACACCUUUUCUGCUGUCUACAAAAGACUCACAGGCAAAGAUGUGAUUUUUGAAUUCCCCGAGUGGGUUCUUUAAGUCUUGCAGUGACUGUUUUAAAAAAAAAAAGUGAAAUAAACACAGUGAGUCUUAA